GCCUGUUUCUACAUUUCAAAUUGUUUCUGUGUACUGUUUCUCUUUCGUUUUGAAUAGUUUCAGGUAUCCAUUUGACAAAUUGUGUGCUAAAAAUUGUUGGUAUUUUCCCAAAUUUGCAAACAAUGCUAAUCGUCGACAAUCCUUUUAAAAAAUCAAUGGGAAUUCAUUGUUUAAGCGUUCCGAAUGAAAAUAAAGUCAAAAAGCAUAGUAAAUACCAUUCAGAUUGGCUGAAGCUUCAUGAAAGUGACCGCUGUGCAACAAAACCUGACAAUUCCAAAGGAUUUAAGGUGGCUGAACACGGUGGCCAUGACGAGAGGAAGGUAAAUACCUGCAACAGAGACAUUGAUAAACAAUACAGAUAUGGUUCAGGGUCUGUCUCGGUUUCUGAAGCAAUCUAUAAUCGAUACAAUGCAGUAUUGAAGCGCGUAGAGGAUUUAUCGUCUUCAGCAGUUACGAAAAAAGAAACACAUAAAGUCAACCCUCCACGUAUAUUCGGUGGCGCAUCCAGCAAUAGUAAUCCGAGCUCAAAUACAACGCAGGACACAGUCAUAUCGCCAUACAAGACCGAUGUACCUGCCAAGCCCCAGCAUCAGCCAAGUUUUUAUCCGGAACCAGAAAAAAACUGUGGCCAUUUUGAAUCAAAUUCUGCAGCAAAGCCCGUUCGCAAAUUUUUCGAAGAGCCACAUCCGGAUUCAGUGACUCAAUGGAGAGCAGUGCCACUGCUAGAGUCGAUAUCUGAAUCCUCGAACUGUUCGCACUGUACGUUCACUCUACCAUCUAAAACCCACACUUUUAGUCAGAAAGAAAAAUCAUUUACCCGUUGCCAUUUGCCCAAAAGACCUAUUAUAGUAGUGGCCGCGGGGAAAGGAGGUCCAGGGCCACACUUGAAGAAUGGCCCCAAGCCGAAGAGUACAGUAAUUGAUCGUCCCGUCCAUUCCGCAUUUAAGGCCAAACCGAAGUGGUAUAAAAGAAUCGAUAUUAAGGGGAAAAAACCAGAAAAAGCCCCUUUCGAUUCCCAAUUUGUGCAACCGUAUUUACAGACGGAGAACCUUCAGGAUUCUUCCUGCUCAUAUCCCAUACGGGCAGAUCACGAGAGUUAUUCCUUUGAUCUUGGGUUAAUAUCUGCAAUAUCGAAGCAGCUACCCGAGCCGAAGAAUACAGUAAUUGAUCCUCGCAGCUAUUCCCCAUCAAAGGCCAAACAUAAGUGGUUUAAACGAAUCGAUAUCAAGGGGAAAAGCCAAGAAAAGUCCCGUCUCGAUUCCCAGUUUUCACAGCCCUCGUGCUCAUAUCCCACACAGGCAAAUUCCGAGAGACAUCCUUCCGAAUUUGGGUUAAUAUCUGCAAUAUCCAAGGAGCUACCCAGGCCAAAGAAUACAGUAAUUGAUCCUCGCAGCUAUUCCCCAUCAAAGACCAAACAUAAGUGGUUUAAACGAAUCGAUAUCAAGGGGAAAAUCCAAGACAAGUCCCGUCUCGAUUCCCAGUUUUUACAGCCCUCGUGCUCAUAUCCCACACAGGCGGAUCCCGAGAGGCAUCCUUCCGAAUUUGGGUUAAUAUCUGCCAUAUCCAAGCAGCUGUUCGAGCUGAACAAGAAAUUGGAUAGAUUGAACAUCACGAAGAUAUUCGAUAUACGCAAUCAUAUGGAUUCCCUCAUCGCCAAUGUCAAAUCGCUCAAUCGGGAGUUUCAGGACAAGCAAAUGGAUGCAAAGAGGCCAGCUGAGCUAAAGAAAAUGUCAAAUCAGAAAAACUCGAAACUUAAGGAUCGUUCAUCGAGUCAUUGCGUGUUCUGUAAGGACAAGAAUCUACCAAUUCUGAACAGUUUUCACCGCGAGCUUAUCGAGCUGAUUGGCGGCCUCAGUUUCAGUGAGGUUUUGAUGUCGGUUUUGCUGCGGUGCGAUAAUGUCUACCACGUGAGAGUUCAUGACAUGAUCCACGAUAAGGUCCUGGGCUGUUUCUUGGUAACCGAUGAAGGCAUCGAGGAGGCCAUCAAGCUGGGUGUCUUCGAACAGACAUUGACAUUAAGUGUGGUCGAUUUGCGAAACACACUCAAGCCAAGAAAGCGUCCCCUGGGCAUCGCUUUCGAGUACUCAGACGUGAGGCGAUAGAGGGAGAACGAGGGUAUUGUGGAGACGGAUACCUGAAGGACUAAAAAACUAAAGAUUAAAUGAUUCCAGCAGUA